AUUCGGUAAUUGUCAGUCUGCAGUCGAUCAACGUGUCACAAUGAAAUACUUUCUGUGUUUGGUUUUUGUAGUCUCUUUGUGCUGUGCUCUGGCAUAUGAUAUUGACUAUGCAACUAAGCCGAGUCUUGACGUCAGCUGCUCAAUUUCUAAUUCUAAGACGUACUCCAGGAUCGGACAAAAGCACUACUUUUUGGGGCAUGAGAAAGUCAACUGGUUUGAAGCCGCACACUUGUGUCGUCGUUAUGGUGGAGAUUUGGCUCAAAUCGAUUCAGCCGAGGAAAUGAACGCGAUUUCAUCACACCUUCAGCAUCAGGGAUUCAAAGACAAUGAUUACUUUUGGAUAUCAGGAAACGAUCUUGUCAUUAACCAUAUGUUCCUCUCCAUAAGCAGCGGAUUCCCAUUGACCUUCACUUCCUGGUCAGCUGGACAGCCAGACUUUCCUGGCGCAGAGCAUUGCGUCCAUUUGUGGCACAGGGAUGGCGCCUUCCGCAUGAAUAACUGGAGUUGCACCGAGAAGGCAUUUUAUAUUUGCCAGAGAGAGUAUAGUUCACGUUGCCAAGUCAAUCUUUAAAUGGCAAUGAUAAUGCUUAAGCUACUUGACACUUUUGGAUAAAAAGGAUCGAAUAAAGUUAAGCAAAUAAAUAAAAGCGCAUCAUUUAAAAAGAA